UUACUUACAAACCGAACAAGGAGAACAGCACUACCGCAAUCUCUCCUCAUCCAAAACCCUAUCAACAAUGGCUACCAAGUUUCUCACCAAAAAUGUCUUCCUCAAUCUUCCUACUGCUUUCCCACAAUCUCCUUCCUUCAAACCAUCCCAAAAAGUAUCUAGGGUUUGCUUCACCUCUUCGUCCAGAUACUCAAAGGGUCGAAGUGGGGCAGUAGAGUCUAGGGCUGGCAGAGUCUUUGCCUCUUCGAACCAAGACUCCGGUCUUAGCACGGACGAGAUAACGAAAAGAGGAGAGGAAGACAUAGCGAAGGCCAAAGAGACCGCGAAAGACUUUACGGACAGUGCAAAAGCGUAUGCGGAGGAGACCAAAGGGAAGGCCGAGGCUGCGGCGGAUUCACUGGGCGACAAGGCCAAGGAAGCGUCGAAUAGAGCUGGGGAGAAUGCCGAGAUUGCCAAGGAGAAAAUCUUUGGAGCAGCCGAGAGUGUGAAGGAGAAGGCAGAAGAAGGAAACAAGACACUGGCGGACAACGCCGCGAGUGCCACGGAAAGUCUCAAAGGCGCAGUCGAGUCGGCGGUGGACAAGGCCAAGGAGUCUGGGCAGAAGCUUAAGGACGCAAUUGAAAAAUAGUUACUAUCAAAAUUUAGUGUAUUAAUGUUUUGAUUUUCUCAUCAUCAUCAAUCUGUAUGGAUAUGUUUUUAUCUUUUGUUAUUGUUAAGCAAAUAAACUAGAGAUCUUUAAUGAUACCUUUUUCGUAGUUUUGUUAUUUAUGGUAUAAAUAUACAGAAAGAGAAUAUUAAGGUGCA